AGUAUCCUCCGUUCUGUCAUGGUUCACGUGAUAGUAUACUGCUAAGUUCCUCUUCAUGUGCUGCUUGUUCUACUUGUACUUUUAGUUUCGCUUCCGGGACAAAAAUCCUAAAAGCCGCACCUAUUUGAGAACUACGAACAAGAGAAUUUGUCCUUGGUCUUGCGCUUGCCUGCCCUUCCUCGGAAUUAUAAAAUUGUUUUCGUGCUGUGGUCUCCUUUGCUACUCUUCCACCGAGAAACAGCAUGGAGCGACUUGUAGAGGGUCGUGCGGGGAGCACGGAUGACCAUGACGAAGCACAGAGGAACGGUGUCGGCAACAGCCAUGUGGAGGUCGGUGGUUCGGAUUCCCCCCAAAUGUUCUUAAGGCGCGACCUCCGCGACCUCCAACUCGAACCAGUUGACGAGCUGCAAGCAGAAGAAGAGCAAGAACACAUAAACCAGGAGCGAGCGCUGCGCACGGCGUUGCGUCACCGCCACAGCCCGCCGCCCGGCUUUUGCUGCCCCAUUUCCGGUUGCCUCAUGCAGAACCCGGUGGCCGUGACGCCGCACGGCCACGCCUACGAAUUUGCAAAUAUCAACGACUUUGCGGUCAAGACCGGCCGGGACUACAUCACCGGGGAAGCGGUGGGGUUGAGGAAAACGAAAAGGAGGAACAUCGUUGUGCCUAAGACGAAACGUGGUUGUGAUUCGGGUUGUUUGGCGCAGCACGAUCCGCAGCUGCCAGAAAAAAAUGUUAAAGUGGCCACGACCUCAACUACAACCACAGGGAAGAGUAGAGAAGCAUCUGUCUAUCCAAGAUCGAAGCCCAGCACAUCACCGCGCGAAGCUGAGACAGCAGAAACUUCUGGCAAAGAUGGUCAUCUCGUCGAGCAGGUGCAGGAAGUAGAUGUGCAAUUACAACCUGACGAGCAGGAGUUCUUUGUGUUUGAGGUGAUCCAUGCCCCGUUUCCCUGGCUGCAGCGCGCCAUCGAAGAGUGGAAGGCUAGUUUCAAGAAGAUGGCCGACCAUCGGCUUCCCCCGCCAGACAAAGACCUGCAGGUCAUGCAACUGCUCCGGAAAACGGAGUACUUCUUACUAUGCAGAUUGCAAAAGUACUAUAUCUUCGCACUAGUGUAAUAAAUACAUCGCGUUACCAGUUUAUUUUCAGAAGGUGGACAAAAACAAAUGGACAUGGAGUUCGGAGUUGUAAUGCUGAUUUGGCUAUAGAAACACGAUUUCUUCUGUCAUGCGUGAUUACAAUGAGAAUGAGCAGUAUAAUUACUCUUGCAGCGCAUUCUCCCUUCACAUCAACCAACUCGAACUCCGCGAGGAGGUCGCGAAAGGGUGGACAUGUUCAACAAGAACAUCAGAGCAAAUUACAACUACCGCCGCGCGAAAAGACCAAACCGAGACGCAUCAUCAAAAUGACGGCACACGACGACCGCAGCAAGAGCGUCAGGCCCAAUUAUCUCUGUCACCGGUGCGGGAGCUGCAGCCGGGGUCUACUGUUGAACCAGCUGAAAAUACCGUUACCACCACACUGGGGAGAACUGCGGGACCUGCGGCCAAGAACGGGCCUCCGCCGUCCCACCGCGGCGAAGCUGAUGUUCUACUUGCGGAGGGGGAUCAGGCAACAAGUGCAACCACUUCAUCUUCGUCUCUGGGUUCGAAAUUUUUGAGCAAAUUUAGCUCCUUUCUAAAUCUGCUGGAGUCUAGCUAUCACGAGCGCAAGGAGCGCGCAGCGGCCGUCGAGAGUAGAGAUGAUGAGAAGAAGAUGUUAGUGAACUACAACUACCAGGAAACAGACGAAGUCAACCUAGAAGGUGGUGCACCUCCUCAUGUACAUGUUGCGAAUAAACGGAAAAAAAUAAGUCCUGUUCCCGACUAUUGGUGGAAGGACCCGUCCCGGCCGUUUCCGCGGGCCGCGGGCAUCCGUAACACAGACGUGUACCGCGGCCCGGAGUUGCCCUUCCAGCUGGCGACGGAGGAUCCGUAUGGUCCACAGUAAAUUUCCUGUCCACGACGACGACCGACAAACGCGGUCUCUGCAUGACAAAGCUUGCCUUCGAUCCUAAGUAGUUAGCAUGACAAGUGGCAACUACAUGCUCUAAGUUGGAGAACAAAUAAUUAUCGAUGCAUUUUGUGCGUGUGGUAGUACGGGAAUAAAUUUAGUGUGGAUAGUCUGUGUCUCGACUUUAUGAGCAGCGAGAGCAGGAAAAAUGAGGAGUGGGCGCGGAAAAGACAAUCGGAACAGCAGCAGCUGCUGCAAGUGGGCGAGCACCUAGAUCAUGUUCAUGCUCGUCGUGGCGGUGGCCUAUCACAGUUGCACUACAUGCGGUCGCGAGAUCAGGAAUAUUUGAUACACCAUUCUGGAAGUGCUGGACGAGAGCGGAAAAGCAAAAAAGCGAAGAUUGAAAAAAAUACACCGAAUUUUGCUUCUGUUGACGCUGGACAAUUAAACAUUAAGCGCAAGAAUAAGGAGAAGGACAACACGACCAAGGCCACGGGAGGCGGUGUCCUCGUGAAUAUCGCCGGGGGAGGCGGGCGCGGAACCGCAGAUCAUGAGCGGGGAGCAAUGUUGUUUCCAGGAAGUGAGGGUGGGAAACGAGGAGAAGGUCAUCAACCAGUGGCAGUGCAGCAGCUUGAGCUUCUGGGGCAAGAACUAACUCAGGAUCGCCAAGCAGAACUACUGCUGCACCAGCAACCAGUGCAGCUGUUGCCAGGAAAUGGCACUUUUUUCGGUGGCGGAGCGGCGUCCUCUUCCGUCUUGUGUCGCCAAGUAGAUCAGGAGAAGUACAACGGCACGACAACACACGACAACAACCACGCUUCCCCCGGCCAAAAUUAUAACCAGCACCACUAUCAACAAAACCCCAUGCCUGCACUGAUGCCAAUGCAGUUGGCAGACGGCAGUACGGUCUACACUUACGCUCCAAUAAGUAGCGUCGCAAGUUGCAAAAUAAAAAAUCACGGCAAAAAUAUGCAACAGCACCAGCUGCACCAGUCCUCCGUCAUUGACAGCUGCCGACAGCAGCAGCCAGCAAACAACUUUGGCGAGAGGUUCAAUCCAACCACCUAUCAGCAGCAGAUCAUGCAGGGAACUACAAUGCAGAAGAUGGCGGUCGUAGACGAGCACCUCCGAGAGAAAUCAUUCCAGGGGGACCCGCAAGAGCCAAAGCAGUCCCUUCUCCUGCCAGAUUCGAAGAUCGAUUCCCACCACCAACGGCAGAUCAUGAUCAACAAUUGGGGCGCAGGAACUUCUGCAUCAAAGAACAUGCCUUUUGAAGAUAUGGACUCUUCUUCCGAAGAUAUCACGCCGGGGUCCAGUGGGAGCGGCAGUGGAUCCGGCAGUGUCGCGGGUCGGGCCUCAGCAGGCCGAGUAGAGAUAAAAAAUGCCUUACAGGGGCGCUGCGGACAGAAGCAAGGGGCGCAGAAGAGUGCCAGGAGCACGACUCGGGUUACUGUACAACGGGGACAUCAAAACAGAAAGACUGCAAAUACGAGGCGGCGAAUGCCAAACGGACGGUACGCUCCUGCUGGUGGGUCCUCGAAACCGCAAGGGAUAGCGAAGUGAGUAACGAUAUUAUCGUUACCCGCUGAAAGUGAAAUAGCGCGCGGGCACGACCGAAAAAAUCCAAUGUUGAGAUGUGAUCAUGGACUUAUCUGAUAAGACAGAAGUUUUUGUCAGAAAGAUGGUCGUAGAUAAGACAGAUUCGAGAUACAUGCAGAGCCAUAUUAACUCAUACCCACAGAAAAGACCCGCUCCAAGUUGUGUCCGAUUUCAACUCUGAAAAAAAAUGAUGAAUCACCGGAAAAUACGAGGAUUUUGUUUUUGGUAUUUUCUGUACGUGCUGCAAAAUCCAAUUCCAAUCACAGAAAAGUAGAACCAACUUGUUGUUCCCUUCAAGAUAAAUUAAAAUUAGAUUCCCAUGGACCUUCAUCUUGGCGUAACAUGAAAUAAAAGAAGAUGAAGAACUAAGGAAACCGG